AGCACUACCUCCGUUCACAGUUCACUACUCCCUACUCCCUACGAGUGACCAAAAGGCACUAGGAAACAUGGUUCUUGAGGGGGAUUCGGACAUGGACUGUGUUGUGGCUGAGAUUGAAACCUCUGUGAGUACUGUUGGAUCUCUCUGUCUAUAGUCUUGGCCUUGUUUACCUUCUUUAGCUUUUCGUCUGUUUAUACCUUUGUGGGAUUGAAAUGAAGAGAAUCUCAGACUGAGAAAUAUUGUGGAUUAAUGGUCCCUUGGAAGUAAUAUGCAUCACAAUCAGAAAUCAUGAUGUGGGAUUAGAACGAUUUAAAGUCAGUGGAUGUAAUCUGAUUACAACGUGUUGAGUAUUGGAGAGAAAAUGCAUGGAGCUCAAAGUAAAAAUAAAUAAAAAAUCUCAACACUCUACACUGCCAUCUUCAGGGCUCACCACAUGAGCUAUAGUCUGUAUUGGUGCGCUUGAACGGUGUUCUGGAAUACCAUUCUCUGCUAAGCAUGGAUACCUUGGUGCAGUUCAACUCUGUUUCGCUUAGGGUUUACCUUGUCCAGGUCGGGUAGAGUUCUUCAAUAAUGUUUAUUUUUGCUAUGGAUAAUAUUUUCUUAGAAAGUUGAUGGAGUUCUGUGGUACCCUAUUUGCUAACUGUGGUUUAUUCCAUCUUUAGGAGCACGAUGUAGAGACUCCCCAUGGAAGAAUCCACUGCACCAUGAAGGGGGUGCCCAAAGGAGACCGGCCCGUCAUCCUCACCUUCCAUGACAUUGGACUGAACCGUAAGCCCCAUACGCUUCAUUCAUCCCAUCAUAUUUAAUGGAUUUGAUGUCACCCCCUAAUGUGAGACUAAAGUCCCCAUGCACUUUGGUAAUACUGCCUUCAGCGUGAAUGAGAACGUCUGUUUGUUGAUUGUAACGGCUGGUCAACGACAGUUAAUUUACUUAGCUUUAUUGGCUAAAUAAAGGUAAAUGGAAUAGAUAAAAAAUGAUAAUGAAUAGAUAACUCUAACGUUGAGAAGAAACACAUAAUGGUCACCGUGUUAGACAUCUGACCUCAUCACUAAUAUCUUGUACCUGCCCUCCAUGUUGUUUCAGACAAGACGUGCUUUGACUCCAUGUUCCAGCAUGAGGACAUGCAGGAGAUCAUGCAGCACUUUGCUGUGUGCCACGUCGAUGCCCCUGGGCAGCACGAGGGGGCCAACACCUUCUCUACCGGGUGAGUACAGUCGCCUAGCCUCAUCUCGCGUAUUUUUUGUUUAUUGGAUAGUACUGAGGUAGAGAGGAAAUACAGAGAGAAUGGACCGGAAUCGAAGCACACCUUGCCUCAGCACCAAAUGUAGGUCAGCCUGCCUGUCUGUCUGCCAGCUUGUCCGUCUGCCACCCUUUGACCUCUGACCUUUAGAAUCUGCUUCCUUUUGAAGGCCCUCGGAUCAAUUAUAUAUAUAUUUUUUUUUUGAGUCGGGAUCUCAAUUUACUGUUGUGAGUUAGAAUAGUAGAAUAAUCAAGGUAAAUUUCUAAAUUUGGUUGUACGUCAGCAGUUUUGCUCUUGUUGUGGGCUGGGUGGUAGCCUAGUGGUUAAGAGGUUGGGCCAGUAACUGAAAGGUUGCUGGUUUGAAUCUCCGAGGUGACUAGGCGAUGUCUGUCGAUGUGCUCUUGAGCAAGGCACUUAACCCUAGUCGCUCUGGAUAAGAGUGUCUGCUAAAUGUUAUGUCAGUCAAUUAGCACGUCAGCACUUUUUUUUUUGAUUGCUAAGUUAGUUUAGCGGCCAGCUAUCUAAACUUGUUAUCAUGGUCAAAUUUCCGGCCGGGGGGCCCCCGUUUCAUCACUUGAUAAAUCGCUUGGUAGGCGAAUAUGGUUUGUUUUUACCUGAAUGCUUUGACACUUCACUUGCUUCAUUUUUAUGGCUGUCUUGAGUCCAUGCCACCAUUGACCUGAAUAGGAGAGAUAUUCAAAGUGAAAAACGGAUAGUAGAAUCCAGUAGAAGGCUGAUGGAAUGGAGAUAUGGAGGGCAGUGAUAAGAAGCAUUGUAAAGUGUUGAUAAUUGAAGUACUUUAACCCUGACGGUUGUUGUGUUCUCUCCAGGUACGAGUACCCCUCCAUGGAUCUGCUGUCUGAGUCCCUCCCCUUGGUCCUCAAGCAUUUUGGGUAAGUCCAAAGAAGGGCUUUAUACGAUUUUCAAAUUGAUCAGAUAAUCUCAUGAUUAAAUGUAUUUCUCCUCAUAUGUUUGAACCCAGUCCAUAGGGUUUAUGCUGCUGAACCGUUCAGGAUUCAUAUUCAUAAAGCGUCUCAGAUUAGGACUCCUGUUUCGCCUUUUAGAUCAAAACGAAUAAGACUGAUCCUAGAUCCAUGCUCCUACUCUGAGAUGCGUUAUGAAUACAGACCAUGAUGUCUUAGACCUGCAUCCAUUUUGGAUCAGAAAAGAGAUGAUGAUGAUAUUCUCUUUGUUUGUUUGUUAACCGCAGUCUGAAGAGCGUCAUUGGAAUGGCCGUCGGCGCUGGAGCCUACAUCCUCGCAAGAUUCGCUGUGAGUUUGACUUCCUCCUCCCUCCUUCCUUCUUUCCCCUUUCUAUCGUGCUUAAGUUUGCUUCAUUAUGAAGAGUUUUAAUCAAACCGGGAUUAGAACUGAGACCAAUGUUUCCAGUGAUGCUAUGCUGAUUUUGGCAGUUCACUCCUGCUUAUUGCUUUAGCCUGCUGCUGAGAGUCAGUGGAAUGUUCUAGACCGGCUCCGCACCAAAACACCUAGCUCUGUGGGGACUCAGUCUCAAUCUGCUGAUACCCAGCUGAUGGAGGAACACAAAGGAUGUUUUAACUCAUAACUGACCCAUGUCUGACCUCUCUCUGUUAUGAAUCGUUGAGGUUUCAAUGAGUAUAGUGAAUUAAAUGGACCCCUUUGAGGUUUCAAUGAGCACUUUAAAAAAUAUUUGACUGAAUGUUUGUUUCUGUUUUUAGCUGGACUACCCCGCGUUGGUGGAAGGCCUGGUUCUGAUUAAUAUCAACCCCUGUGCUGAGGGAUGGAUGGACUGGGCUGCAAACAAGGUACAAUACAGGACCAUCUCCUGAAGUCCACACAACCACAGAUCCACAACAAUCAAUCAACUUUGAUUUAUAAAGCCCUUUUUACACUGUCAACAAUUGUCACUAACAGUCACAAAACCACAAAAGUCCCAAUCAGCUAGGCACAUUCUCUACCCAUUUCAACAGAGCAUAACAUGUAUGUGUGUACAGCAUAUGAUUGAUCGUUGCUGUGACCCAUGGAAAAUAUAUCUGCUUUUGAAUCUCUUUUCAGGUCACUCCUUUGCCUGAAAUGCUCAUCGGCCAUCUCUUCGGAAAGGUGAGCAGUGAGCACCCAGAUGGAGACAGUGAUUGAAACUGCAAAUCAUGUCAACAUAAUCCCAUUGAAUCUAAUUCUAAUUGUUGGCUACGUAGAUAUAGAACAAUUCACAGCAGGCUUACAUGCUGCAGUACUGUGUCACUAGGCCACAGAGUCUGAGUGGGUGUUUAUUUCUGUCUCUGUAGGAGGAAAUCUCCAACAACCACGACCUUAUCGCCACCUUCCGCCAUCACAUCAUGAACGACAUGAACCAGUACAACCUUCAACUCUUUGUCAAAGCUUACAACAGGUCAAUAACAUAGAAUACCAGGAGCGUACGUUGACUUCUCAGCAGCAUAUAUCUAAUAUACACUGAACUAAAAAUAUAAACGCAAUGUGCAACGAUUUCAAAGAUUUUACUGAGUUACAGUUCAUAUAAGGAAAUCAGUCAAUUGAAAUAAAUGUAAUAGGCCCUAAUCUUUGGAUUUCACAAAGGGAAUAUAGAUAUGUUGGUCACAGAUACCUUUAAAAAAAAAAGUAGGGGUGUGGAUCAGAAAACCAGUCAGUAUCUGGUGUGACCACCAUUUGCCUCAUGCAGUGCGACACAUCUCCUUUGCAUAGAGUUGAUCAGGCUGUUGAUUGUGGCCUGUGGAAUGUUGUCCCACUCUUCUUCAAUGGCUGUGCGAAGUUGCUGGAUAUUGGCGGGAACUGGAACACGCUGUCUUACACAUCGAACCAGAGCAUCCCAAACAUGCUCAAUGGGUGACAUGUCUGGUGGGUAUGCAGGCCAUGGAAGAACUGGGACGUUUUCAUCUCCAAGAAUUGUGUGCAGUUUGACAGUUUGUUCAGAAAUUCUUCGGUUGUGCAAACCCACAGUUUGAUCAGCUGUCCGGGUGGCUGGUUUCAGAUGAUCCCGCAGGUGAAGAAGCCGGAUGUGGUGGUCCUGGGCUGGAGGUCCUGGGCGUUUGUGAGGAAGGUUGGACGUACUGCCAAAUUCUCUAAAAUGACAUUGGAAGCGGCUUAUGGUAGAGAAAUGUAUAUUAAAUUCUCUGGCAACAGCUCUGGUGGACAUUCCCAAAACAAAGUGCACCUGUGUAAUGAUCAUGCUGUUUAAUCAGUUUCUUGAUAUGCCACACCUGUCAGGUGGAUGGAUUAUCUUGACAAAGAAAUGAUCACUAACAGGGAUGUAAACACAUUUGUGCACAAAAUUUGAGCUAAAUAAGCUUUUUGUGCGUAUGGAAAAUUUCUGGGCUCUUUUAUUUCAGCUCGUGAAACAUGGGACCAACACUUUACAUGUUACGUUUAUAUUUUUGUUCAGUACAUAUUUUAUAUACAUACUCAAGUCUUCAAAGUCCUCCAGAGUACACUGAACACUGCCUAUGAACAUAUAUCUUAUCUACGUAUUUCUAAUAUAUUCAAUAUAUCUCAUGUGUUAUAUAUAUAUAUAUAUAUAUAUAUAUAUAUUACAUGUUAUAUAUUACAUGUUAUAUUUGAAAUAGUAUAUUUAUGUUAAUUUUGUGCCUCACUGAUAUCCCACCAUUUCCCAUCCCAGCCGGCGGGAUCUGGAGAUUGAGAGGCCCAUUCCUGGUGGAAAAGUCACCGUCAGAACCCUGAAGUGAGUUCCAAACCCUCUUGACUUUAACCAUACCUCAAUCACCUCACAUGGCAUAUUGCUAGAGCCCUGAGUUUUCCCUGACCUGGAAACUCUGGGCCCUAGUUAUAGCCUGGUCAGGAGGUCACAUGGUCGAGGAAAAACUCUUGGCCCUGUAAUCGUCUAAUCCAACAGGUUGAAAUGUGUUCCAAUUCCUGUUAUUGUCCUCAGGUGUCCUUCUCUGUUGGUGGUAGGAGACAGCUCUCCGGCCGUUGACGCCGUGGUAAGUUCAAGUACACACUCUGUAAUCCUAACUGUCAUAAACAAAUCAUUAACAAUAAUGCCUCUGGUCCUCAUUCCCGGUCCCUUGGUCCCUAGGAACAUAUGUUUAUACGUUGAACAUUCACCUAAAUUAAAAGGAGAUUUUUAAAGAUUAACAAGGGAAGGUUAAAAAUGUAGUUUAUGAUUCAAACAUGGGACAAAAUAGGGAAAAAAAUCAAACACAACUAAAAUAAUUCUAGUAAUUAAAUAUUACUCCCCCAAUUCCUUUCAUAUUAUUACCUAAUUAUUUCUCUACUAUGGUAAAUUAAUGAUAUUUAGUCACUAAAUUAGACUCUGUACUUUGCAUCCACAGGUGGAGUGCAAUACUAAGCUGGACCCGACAAGGACCACACUGCUGAAGGUGAGUGUUCUCGAACAAUCUCCCUCGUGCUGCUCAUAAUAGAUCUGAUCAUGGAAAGGCGGUCACUGAUAAGCUUCCAGGAGCUCAGUAACUACCUGGUGACUGAUUUACUAGCCUUGCCUGGGACCCCUCAGACCGCAGGCUGAGGCUACUGCUGCUCUACCCAGCCUCCAGGGUCCUGUUCAUUAGGCACGUGAUACUGUAUAAAACAUUUCUCAACAGAAAACGAAAAUGUGCAUUUCUUAUUGCACCAAUUCAAGCUAGAGUCCUCCCUGUUUGAGGUUGUUUACCUCUGUUUGGUUCCUGAUGAACACGACCCAUAUCACAAUCCUUCCUGCCUGACCUACUUAGGCCUACCUGUGAUGUGCACGCCUCUGGCUGUGACCAAAUGGGCUGUCCAGAGGCUAAUGGAAAUGGUCACUUGUUGUUCAUGUUAAGGGUCACUUAUUGUUAAUGGUCACUUGUUGUUAAUGGACAGGCACCAUAGUCCAGCCACCCUAGUCAUAGACUGUUCUCUCUGCUACCGCACAGCAAGCGGUACCGGAGCGCCAAGUUGAGGUCCAAAAGGCUUCUUAACAACUUCUACCCCCAAGCCAUAAGACUCCUGAAUAACUAAUCAAAUGGCUACCCGGACUAUUUUCAUUAAGCGGUGUCCCCGCACAUUUACUCGGUCCCAGUACCCCCUGUAUAUAGCCUCGUUAUUGUUAUUUUAUUGUUGCUCUUUUAUUUUAUAUAUAUUUUUUACAUUCAUUUAUUUGGUAAAUAUUUUCUUAACUCUAUUUCUUGAACUGCAUUGUUGGUUAAGAGCUUGUAAGUAACAUUUCACAGUAAGGUCUACACCUGUUGAAUUCGGCGCAUGUGACAAAUUCAAUUUGAUUUUAUACUUGUUGUUAAUGUUAAUAGAACUUGUUGUUAAUGUUAAUAGAAAACUUGUUAUUGUUAAUAUGAACUUCUUGUUAAUGUUAAUGGUAACUUCUUGUUAAUGUUAAUGGUAAUUUCUUGUUAAUGUUAAUGGUAAUUUCUUGUUAAUGUUAAUGGUCACUUGUUGUUAAUGUUAAUGAUUACUUGUUAAUGGUCACUUGUUGUUAAUGUUAAUGGUCGUAUUGUUCAUGGUCACUUGUUGUUAAUGUUAAUGGUCACUUGUUGUUAAUGAUAACUUUUUGUUAAUGUUAAUAGGAACUUGUUGUUAAUGUUAAUGGUACCUGUUGUUAAUGUUGAGACAGUGUGAAAUAAAUGGGAGGUUGUUUUGUGUAAUGAAGAGUCAUGGCGGGUGACUAAUGUCAUACUGCUGGUGACGUGCUACCUUAACUCUGCCCUGUUGAAUGACGCACCCCCAUCAGGUGUUAACUGACUCCAAUCUCAUCACCUGUUUAUUUUCUCCUCUCCUCCAUCCAGAUGGCUGAUUGUGGAGGUCUCCCCAUGGUUGACCAGGUGUGUUUAAAGCUUGUUAACACGUUCACGGAGGCCGGGCAGGUUGAGGUGGCCAGGGGAUAACAGUUAGGGGGCUAAUACAGAGCAGCUUCACUUAAGAGCAUUAGUGAUAGUAGCAAUGAGGCAUGAACGUCAGGCUGGAGAGUUAAUACCCAGCUCCUUCUGCUACCACAGCUGUUAUACAUACGCCUCUCAUUAUCACAGUCUAUAGGAUAGGCCAUGAAUCUGUCAGUUGAUCUGUCAUUAUGUGGAUAAUAACAUGGAAACAAGUGGCUAACUUUCUCAUUUGCUCUCUCGACAGCCUGCAAAGCUGACAGAGGCCUUCAAGUACUUCAUUCAGGGAAUGGGCUACAGUAAGUACACACUCCAACACACACUCUCUGUGUAACCAACACUGACCAGUAAUUAUAGUAACAUUAGGUAUGUAGAAACAUAAAAGCCUGGUACCCUAUUAGUGUUGCUGCCUACUAAUAAUAUGGGUGUUCAAAACAAACCUGUAAGAAUGACAUUGCCUAGACCUAGUGGAUGAGAUUAGUAACUUCACCUUCAGAUUACACAUUUAGACAACAGGAAGUCCGUUACCUGUUCUAUAAUGAUUAAAGAUAAUAUAUUACAUAAAAUGCCCUCAGUAGGAAUUAAGCUGACCAUGGACACAGGAGUGUGACUGGAUAGUUAACCUUGUCUCUCCUCCUCUUCCUGUUCCCCCUGCCUCCUCCUCCUAUGGCUCCUCCUCCUGUUCCCCCUGCCUCCUCCUCCUAUGGCUCCUCCUCCUCUUCUCCCUGCCUCCUCCACCUCCUCCUAUGGCUCCUCCUCCUGUUCCCCCUGCCGCCUCCUCCUAUGGCUCCUCCUCCUGUUCCCCCUGCCUCCUCCACCUCCACCUCCUCCUAUGGCUCCUCCUCCUGUUCCCCCUGCCUCCUCCACCUCCACCUCCUCCUAUGGCUCCUCCUCCUGUUCCCCCUGCUUCCUCCUCCUAUGGCUCCUCCUCUUCUCCCUGCCUCCUCCACCUCCUCCUAUGGCUCCUCCUCCUGUUCCCCCUGCCGCCUCCUCCUAUGGCUCCUCCUCCUGUUCCCCCUGCCUCCUCCACCUCCACCUCCUCCUAUGGCUCCUCCUCCUGUUCCCCCUGCCUCCUCCACCUCCUCCUAUGGCUCCUCCUCCUCUCCUCUUGCUCCUCCUCCUCUCCUCAGUGCCUGCUGCCAGCAUGACCAGACUGGUCCGCUCUCGCACGGCGUCCGGAUCCAGCAUCCACUCAAUGGACGGCAACAGGAGCCGGUCUCACACCAACGAGGGCAACCGAAGCCGGUCACACACCAACGAGAAGCGUGGCCGCUCCCACACGGACAGUAUGGAAGGCACAGCGAACAGCACCGCGGCUCUCAAGUCCACCGAAGUGUCCUGCUAGACGACCCUUACCCUCGACCUUUAACCUCCGAUCCCCUGCCCCCUGGUUCCUGCUGCGCUGCCACUAACUACACACACACACAGGAUUCCAUACCAUUCAAUGCAAUUGGGAUGCCUCCAAUUAGAGAAUGUUUUCUCUAUGCCAAAGAGUUAUGCAAAGAGGUUUUUUAGUAAGGAUAUGCAAGUACAUACUACUGCAUAAUAAAGGAAAUUCCGUAGAGAAAAAAAAAAAAAAAAAAUAAACUGAUCCCUUCCCAUCUGCAGAGUCAGGUGGAAUAUCUAGGUGUUAGGGGCAACGCAGCCGAGCGACACCGCAACGGAGAAUGUGGGAGAAAGCUGUGGCUGCAGAGCGACACAGCAACAGAGAAUGUGGGAGAAAGCUGUGGCUCCAGAGCGACACCGCAACGGAGAAAG